ACUCGUAAACACCAAUGGUGAGACGGUCCUCGGUAUGAGCGGAGACCAGUGCCUCGGUCAGAGAUUUCCCUGGACUCUGCAUCUUUCAGUUGGAGUGAGCGACACUUCUCCAUCUGCUGAAGGAGGGACACUCGUAAAGAUGGGGGAUGAUUGGCUCGAGCACAAUGGAAUCCAUUCAGCCAACUUCUUCAGUGAGGGCCCAAGCUCCACCUGCCGCAGGGGAUGGGCUGGCACGGGGCGUUAUGCGGGCUCCUGGCAUUUCACACAGCUUCGAGCUACUAAGGAUUUACGACGAAUCGCGAAACCAUCUGGAACUCUAUCCUCCAUAUCAACAUGACUCUGGAAGAAGUCUUGGUUCAAGAGACCGCCGUGAGACCACAGUCCACUGGGAAGGCACUGGAAGAAGUUUUGGUUUCGGCUAAGAACAACGAGUGCCUUACGAUCGGCGUCUACGAGUCCGCUAAAGUCAUGAAUGUUGACCCAGACAGCGUUUCUUUCUGCGUCUUGGCUACCGAUGAGGAGUACGAGUGUGACAUCGCUCUGCAGAUUCAUUUCACGCUGAUCCAGGCGUUCUGCUUCGACAACGACAUCAGCAUCGUCAGAGUGAACGACCUGCAGCGACUUGUGGAGAUCUUGGGCGACAAAGCCGGCGAUCUUGAAGAUGCCCACUGCGUUCUGAUCACGAACCCAAAUGAGGAUUCGUGGAAGGACCCAGCUCUGGAGAAGCUGCACCUGUUCUGCGAGGAAAGCCGCAGCCUGAACGACUGGGUGCCUGAAAUCACUCUCCUUGAGCGCUGAACCGGGACUUUACAACUUUCCGCUGAGAUGCUGUAAACCUGAAGGAAUAAUCAUCCUACACCGGACAAGGAUGGUGCAGAUUCCACACAUCCCUGGAUGUUCCUGACGAGGGAUCAAGUUCCAGGAAGCGCGAGGACCGGUCAGAGAGGGUCCUUGCGGUCGCCCCGGUCUGUCGGUUAAUGCCAGAAAAUCCCCCGUCCUUUGUGCGGAUGCGGCCUGGUAUACCACUGCGGGGAAGGAAGUGGCGAGUUUUACUCCUGUUGUGAAAGGGAGAAAACGUCGCGUGAGGGACACAGUUUUGAAGAAUGGAGUUUUGAAGACACCGUGAGGGUGUUUUCUCUUUUCGGACAGUUGUUGUGCAACAAGUCUGAACUGUUAUUAAGAAGAUAUUUUUACACUAUGGCGUGCUUAAAUGUUUGAUUAAUGCUACAAUAAAAACCUAAAAUGUA